CGGGAGCGAGCGUGUUCGGGUCGUCGCGUUCCCCGGCGGAGGGUGACGAGAGGGCUCUGCCCGAGGGCGUUUUUACGUGAGAAACCUCGUAAGAAAGUCAACAAUGUACAGAAGUGAAAAGGGUUGGUUUUCUGAAAGUGUGAGCAGACAGCUCUGCAAUCUUUGGGUGUCUGAAGGUGGCAUUAUUACAAACUGGCGUUCUGCAGACUUCUUGUUUAGUACUGAUGCUUCUCAUCCUGACACACAGAGGAUUUUUGAGAGUUUAGAGUUUGUGGAAGACAAUGCUACAGUUUUUCAUGCAAGCUAUUUGGUAGCAUGUGAGCAAUCUGGAAUCAAGGGCACUGUAGCGAUCGGUCAUUUUCUACUUCCUCCUUCCUGUCUUCAUAAAGAAAUUAGAGCAGCAUUUGGCAACUUCAUUUGGGAGCACGUGAGUCCUUCACAGUCUCAGCAGAUUUCAACACAAAAGACAUAUGAAAAAGAAAUGUUAAAAAGAAAGAACAUUAAAAUGUGCUACACCCAAGGCAUGAAAAUCGACCGAGCUGGGCUGGAUGUAUCUAACAAUGACGUUGGGGACCAGAAUUCAGUUUUGAGAACAUCAUUGUUGGAAGAAUCCUUUAAACCUGUGUCAUGUUGUCACCUUCAACAAAUGUACCCUGUAAACAACAUGGUUACUGGUUUUACUUCUGUUGAUGAGCUAAAGAAAUACCCAGGAGAUUUGCAUGACUUUAUUCCAGGUGGUUCUGGUUACUCAGUGUGUCGCACGCAGAAUGAAACAAACAUGUUCUCAGUUUUAAAACGCACAAACCGGAAUAAGUCUUUCAUUCAUACAAAUUAAAUCUACCUAAAGUUUGCCUUAGUCAAAAGAAUGUCUUAAAAUGGGAGUUUCAGUGUUGCUUUAAUGUAGCCUGUUAUGCUUUACAACCACUGG